UAGGAUCCCUAGGACGGGUUGGAGCCCGACGCUCCCGACGGGCCCGACAGCGGAGGACUUGGGAACUACAGGAGAGUUGACGAGUGUUGAGAAUGUCGUCGUUGCUGCUGUACACAGCCGACGUCGUCUCGUAGACUCAGCUGCUUUGCGAUGCUGCAGAACAUAAACGAAUUGUGUGUUUGGUGUGUUUAGCCGGUCAACGUCUGCCACGCCUCGAGGGUGCUGCUGCCAGCAUGGACGCCUCGGCGUCCGACGUGUCCGGUCGUCUCUCAAAACGAACCUCCGUCGCUUCCAGCAGGGUGCCCGAAACAGAUCUAGUGCCACUGAACUUCAGUCAUACUUCGAGAGGCAUCAAAAAUGAACUGUUACUCCAUGAAGCUGCAAUCAAGAAUGAUGUUGCAACGCUUAAGCACCUUAUUGAAUCAAAAGUGGAUGCCAAUGCAAGAACACAUAUGGAGAGGGUACCACUGCAUUGGGCUGCAGCUCAUGGUCACCUUGACGCAAUGGCAGUCCUCAUCCAGGCAAAAUGUGAUGUGGAGGUGACAGACAAGUAUGGGAUGCGGCCACUGUUGAUGGCAGCAUGGUUUGGACAUCGUGGUGCUGUUCAGUUGCUUGUUGAAAGUGGGGCCAGCUGUCGAGCAGUUAACCGCCAAGGUCAAACUGCACUGCAUUGUGCUGCACAGAAUAAUCAUCAUGAAGUCAUUGCAUUCAUGCUGGACUCCACAGAGACCAUCAAAGUCAACGCCAUUGACAAGAACGGUCAAACUGCUCUGCACAUUGCGGCUAUCAACAACUGCAUGGAAAUUGUAGAGAAACUGCUACAGUACAAAGCUGACCCCAACAUCAAAGACAAGUCUGGGUGCACGGCACUUCACCAUGCUGCACAGCGAGGGCAUCAUCUUGUGAUGAAACGCCUGCUGCAGAGUAAUAAGAUGGACAUGGAUGAUCCAAACUAUGAGAGGAGCACACCUUUGCAUUUAGCAGCACAGAAUGGCCAUCAAGGAGCUGUGCAGAUCCUUUUAGAACAUGGCUGUGAUGCUUCUAUCACUGAUGCUAAAGCCCGAACUGCACUUCACAUUGCAGCUUCAUUGGGCCACCUUGAUGUGGUGGAAACAUUGCUGCAGUUCAAAGCUUCACUCACUGUCAAAGAUAAGCAUGGUAACAUGCCUUUGCACCUAGCUGUUCUGGGUUGCCAUGCCAACAUGGUAGACUUACUGGUGAAGAAAGGCGCACUGGUAAAUGCAACCAACAAUCGUCUACAAACACCACUGCACAUAGCAGCAGAGCUUGGCUUCACGGAAGUGGUGCAGGUGUUGGUGGGCCAUGGGGCAGACCUCUUCCUCCCUGAAAAGGGUGGACGGACAGCACUCUACAUAGCUGCACGUGGCAGCUACACAGCAAUAGUGGAUAUGCUCAUUACGGCCGAACGGGAGAUCAAGCACAGGAGCAAGGUCAAGGAGCAGUCAGUUACAACACUACAGCCUGGUACCCGCCAGUUUUGCAACAGUCUUGUGGACAUCAAGGAAGAAAGUGUGGCAAGCGACCAGCAGCAGCAUUCUGGUGCCGAAAAUGCUGAAGACGGAGAACAGCUGCAGCAGCAGCGACAGCAGCAAAUGCAGCGCUUGUCCUGGACCCUGGCUAAGGAAAUGCUGAUGCCCAAUGACUGGAAACACUUGGCACGACACUGGGGAUUCACUCCUGAACAUAUCAAGGCCAUUGAACACCAGUACACAGGUAAAUCCAGCUACAAAGAGCACGGCUAUCGAAUGCUGCUCAUCUGGUUGCAUGGCCUCCCGCCAAACGCAAAUCCACUCAAGGAGCUCUUUGAGGCUUUGGUUGCCAUUGACAAGAGAGACGUUGCUGAAAAAAUACGGAAGAAGGCGGAAGAAAAUGCAUACGGAGCACGGCGCUUCAGCCCCAGCCGGCUCUGCCAUAUGUGCUGCCUGCUGUGACUGCCAGGUUGGCGGCACCCAGCCCUGACAACAUUAUGUAGUUUGCGGUGAAAAAAAUCAUAACAAAAAAAGAUCUGAAAGAAGUCGGAGGAGAAUGCGUGCGGACUGCGUUGGUUCAGCCCUCGGUCGGCUGUGCCAUGCGCAUUGCCUGCUGUGAUCGCCAGGCGGGCGCCAGCCCCAACAAGUGCCUACACACCGCCUGUGUUCCUCCUGCUUGCUUUGUCACGAUAAAAAAUAAUGUGCCUCACAUCAUUGUUCACAGUGGAUCAAAAGGGAAGCAAGCAAGCAAACCUCUGCGUGCCAACUUGGCUGAUGGUGCAGCAGCAACGACGUUUGUUUCAUGUCGAGACAAUUUGAGAGGACCCCAUGAAGGUGAAACAAGGCAAGACUACCUAUAUACACAUAUAUCUGUUGUUCUCAAAGGCACGGGCAAAUGCAGAAGCUUCCAGUGCAGAUCGAAUACACCAGGUUUGGAAAAGGCUGCUGUAGAAGAACUUGCGUGCUGUGCAGCAGAUUUGUGGGAAGGAACAGUUGAAAAAACAGCUUCUGUGUUUCCCAAAGCAACUUGCCUCUGCUGUGGUACGUGUUGACUGUUUUGAUGUGUACGCAUAAAAGUUGUGAGCUCUUAACUGGCGCUUCCUCACAUGGAGUGUGCCCACAGAAUUAUGACAUUUAACAAAAACAAGUUUUACAAGGUAAAUGGAUGCUUUCAUUGAGACCCCUGUUUUGAUUAUUGUCCUGAGAAUUCUGUGUCCACAAGCAGGAAAAUGUUUUCUUUUUGAAGCAAAAGAAAUUCAUCAUGAAUAAGUUACUCAUCCUAGCUGCUCUCAGAACAAAUGUGAAGUACUUAGACAUUCAACUACUACUCCCAAGGUUUCAAUUGCUGAAAGGAAUCUGCAGACAGAAAUGCUUGCUCUGUUUAGUAUGGCAUAACAAGACCAAGUCCAUGGUAGUGUGAAAACAGAACACAGAUUAAGGUGUGACCUUUAUUAGAAAAGCUUGAAAGCACUUAUCAGUGUCAGGAUGAAGAACAACAGUAGCUGAAGUAAACACUGAUUACAUAAAUUAGUUAUUAUUUUCCAAUGAUUGAAUGUGAUAGGAUAAUGCAACAUCUCACAUGUGUUUGUCUCAAACCAUCUGCUCGAGUCUGUCAGGGAAAUGCAUAAAAAUUUAUAUGGCACUAGGAUCCCCAGUUUUGACUUCGUGCAGCACUCAGAUUUGCAGACUUUCUUUUUAAAGCAGGAUCACUUCUCUUUAUAGUUUUCUGCACUUUGCUUGCAACUUCACAAGCAUGCAUUCAAUAUUAGCAGACUAGGACAUUCAAUACUUGUGCAAGGUCGGUAUCAGUGGGAUUUUCUUUAAACUCAUUAUUUCAUCCACUACUUAUACAUUUACUGAAAUUAAUACAAAUAUCAUUAAUUUCGUAAAUUUGCUAAUAUGCCCGUAGCUUUGUAAUUUAGUGUUAUUCUACUGUAUUGCAAAACAAUAAGUGGAAGAGUGUUCCAAAAUUGGGCACUGCUGCCCACUUGCAGUAAAGUUCUAUGUUUCAUCUGUUGUUGGAAUUUGUUUUGCUCCUUGGUUUCGCACGAAAUUAAGCGGCACUUGUAUGUCUGCAUUUAUAUACUUGCACUUUGCCUUACAUCUAACAUCUCAAACCUUUGGCAUAUGCUCACUGCAGUAACACAUGCCGUGACAUGAAUGCAGUGGCAAUUUAGAGAGAUUUGUAGAAUGACAGGGGCAACACUUUAUCUGUCAUUUCAUGCUUACAGCUUGGUUUGUCAUGCACAGAGUGCAAAAAAUUUUAUAAUGCCCUGUCUUCUAUUAUUGAAAUACAAACAAACCUCGAUAUAACGAACACAGAUAUAAUUAAUUAUUGGAUAUAAUGAAGUGAAUUAAGAAUGUUUCUCACUGACAUCAGCAUGUAGUCACUAUAUGCUUAUAAUGAAUAUUGUAUAUAACAAAAGUAUUUUCCUUUCAAUGUGACUUCAUUAUAACGAGGUUCGACCAUAACUCACUUUUGUUUCUGAAGUGACAAACGUGAUGUGACUGGGCCAUGCAACUAAAGAGGCAUUCACUUGAAGGUGAAAUCAAAUGGUUUCCUCCAGGGAGUAUGCAUAAUGUGAGCAGUGACGAAUGCCCCUGCACUGUUUCGAAGGAUAAAUUUGAUAUUUAUCUACUGACAGGAGGCAUAAAUCCUAGACAGACUUUAGUGCUGCCAGAAAAAUUUUGCAGAGCAAGAACUUUGGCAGCGAUGCUGUGGAGGCCACCAAAUGCACAAUUUUGCCACCAAUGCCAAAGUGCACUAAUUCACCUGAGACGUCUUUUGUGCCCAAGUAUGCUAGCAACACUUUGGCAGAUGCCAGCUUUGCAUGGUUACUAUUCCGUGCCACACAUGGCCACACAAACUACCACUAAAUUUGGCUGUUCCGCGACAUGCACUUGGCAAUUUGGUAGCCACUAGCAAGAACACCCGAACCCUGAAGUGGAUGAAUACUUUACCCGGAGUGCCUUGCAGUGCCUUGACAUGCUUGUCACGUUAUGCAUGCUCCUAGGAGAAAUCCAUCAGAUUGCUCUGUCAUGUGAGUGCUCCCUAAAGAGAGCAUUUACAACAAGGAGACAUUCAGGUGUAUCGGUUGUAGUAAAUAUGAAUUGAAUGUUGCCCUUUGUGCAUGGCAGAUAUUGCUAGUUCUCGCGAUUUUGCUUUUCCACUCUCUGGUAAAACAGCUCUGUACAGCAAUGUGCUACUCAAAACACAGGCAAAUUCCUUCUAUGUGCGUGUGAUGCUUCCAUUUUGUUUGUUACGCAUGUCAAUUAUAUCUGAUCAUGUGAAACUGCGGGGUUACAGCAUGCCUUCAUCAAGUUAGAGCCAUAUUGUCAAGAAAUAGAUGACCCACGCAGUAUGUUACAAGAGAUGAUUCUGAGUUGUCUGGCGUGCCUCCAGUGCAUUCCCAGCAAUCCAAAGCUUCGAAUGGUGAGAACAUGAGCUUAAAAAAUUCAUGUCAAGUUCUGGGGUUUUACUUGCCACAAUCUGAUUAUGAGGCACACCGUAGUGGGGGACUCGGGAUUAAAUUUGACCACCUGGGGUUCUUUAACGUGCAACUAAAUAUGAGUAGAUGAGUGUUCUUGCAUUUUGCCCACAUCUAAAUGGGGCUUCUACAGCUGGGAUUGAACCUGUGACUUUGAGCGCAGCAGCGCAAUGCCAUAGCCACUGAGCUAUCGCGGCAGGUAUGGGUAAAGUUCGUACUGUGCCGAAUCGUGGAGCGCUGGUGGCAUGAUAGGAGGUGUGCUAGACGUUUCAGGGUCCCCUUUUAUCACAUACCAAGUGGGCCACAUAUUUUUGACAAAGCCUGAAAGCAGCACAUACAGGGUGUUUCAUUUAAUUAACAUGUAGCAUACUUUGAACGAUACACGGUGGUCCGUCUUAGACAAACGAGAACCAAUGGCUUAUGGCUUAUCUUCGACAGUCAUCUUGAGCAAGUCGGCAGAUCUUUUAUAAUGCACAGACUUUUCUAAUUAAAGAUCACUUAUGCAAAUUUCUCUGAACAGUUGUUAACAAACUAAAUGCACUUGCUUGUAGUUAAGUUACCUUCUACGUGGUUUCUUUCUGCAGGUUCUGAAUGAAGCUCACAAACAAACAAAAACAAAAAUUCUGUGAUUGCAUGUCUGGGUUGUAAAGCUGCCUGGUGUUUUUGACAACCGAGUAUGACAACCGAGUAACAUGGUGUUCACAAAUAAGUUCUGGCCAGGUAUUCCACGUCAUUAACUUCAUUUAGAUGGAAUGUGUGCAUGGCCAUGAGUCAUAGGCUGGCAAUGAGAGCUGAGUGAAAGACUCUUAUUGGUUCCAUUGGUUUUUUGCAGCCAACAUGCUGGCUUCAUUUGUUGUUCUUGUCCAGUGUUGAGUGAGUGUGUAGUUAUGUUUUCCUCCCCUUUUUUUCUUGCAUUGUUUGUGGGCUUCAUUCAGACAAAAGAAAAUUGAAUGGCGUGAGUUGUAAUUUGUUUCAAGCAUCUGCACACCACGCAUUUCUAAAUGUGGGUUACAACCAUUGAAAUAUCACUUGCACUCUUUGGUGAAUUCUAAUUCCAAAAAUU